AUGUCAGGCUCACUUGUAUGAGCAACGAAACGUGGGUAAGAUUCAAGUGAGUACCAGUUUCUUGCUGAUGCGCACUGUCUGAUAUUCCGAGCGGAGCUCAGUAGUCGACGUGUGCGUGGCGUUAUUCACGGCCACGAUUACUCCACGUGCUAUUUUCUACCUAAAUAUUGCCCUGAGUGAACGUGAUUGAUUAUUUGUGAUUGUUAAACUAUUCUUAGUGCAGUAAGAUGAGAAUACUGUGGUUUUUUUUUGCCACUUUGGCUGUUGUGAUGUUGUUCACGAUAGCGACAGCGGAUGAUGGAGUAGAAGAUCUCGAGGAAGAUUACUUGGAUGAUGGGGAGCAAAGAUCAGAGAAAAUCUCUGCAUCAUUGAAGAUUCGCGAUGAGCGCUUGAAAAAUCGAACCGAGAUCAUUGAGGAAGUUACAUCAAUGGGAAUGCCGGGCAUCGAGAAGGGAGCAAUGGCAGUGAGAGAAGACGUAUCAGAGACGAGCAACCGUAAAAACGGCACCAGGGAGUUAGUCCUUCCCACGAAUGUGUCGAUAGCCAGCAUAAUUACCGGGGACGCAAUGGAUACCGAAGAAGACAUAGCAGAAAUACUUCCGGAGGCACAGGAGCUGAGAUUUCAGCGUCUAGGAAGUCGUAGAAGGCCCUUCUAUCGGCCAAGCCUACCGAGAAGACCCCCUACUGUGAAUCGAAGGAAUGUUUUUCCAGAGGCGCCACUUCGCUCAUCGAAGAGACCAAACCGCAGGCCCCAGGAAGUCAAGGAGGCCAGACAACCUACUGAAAAUGAUUGUACCUUUUUUACGAAAACGGUUUGUCUAGAAGCAGUUAAUUAUCCACACGAAGCAAUAAUGAGAAGUCUCCGAGGAAAUAAGGAAAUGGUAUUAUCAUUACUAACGGAUUACAGUCCUCAGGAUGGGGAUAACGACUAUGCAAAGGUUUUACCUGUAGAGAGUCACUUUGAGAAUAGAUUCGAGAAUAAAUAUGAGAACAACGAGAUUAAAAGACGAUCAGAUCAAUCAUCACCUUUUGAUAAUGUUGAAGAGGGUUUCACAUGUCCAUCCCAAGUGAUGUAUGCACGUCCUCAAUUAGCCAGGGCUGUUUCCGGUGUUUGGAAAUACAUAGUCAACACUGCUGAGCACACACAAACAUUGCGCCUGGAGAAAUGCUCAUCACCAAAGUCAAGUUGUUCAUUCAUAUCCGAGAACUAUCGAUCUUCCUGCAUGCAGGUCUAUAAUUACCACAGAUUGCUGACAUGGGAUAGUAGCUUGGGUCUCCACAUGGACAUCUUCAAAAUCCCCUCGUGUUGCAGCUGUCAUGUACAGGGUUAUGCCGAGCUUUAUCCACCAAUUCAGAAAGAUCCGCGACCCACACCCGUGGAGACAUUCCCAGGGGCUGAUUUUGCUACUGAACAGGGAGAGGAUGAUGCUUUCAAACGUCCUACUAGCUACUUUAACAAAUUCAAGCCAUCUAAUCUCGAUAACAAUUUCGGUAUUAACACUGACUUGCCUCCAUAUCUAGAGUAUCCAUCGGAUUUUAAAGAUAAAUUUUUAGUUUCGCCAGGGAUUACUAAAAACAUUGCUGAUGCUGGCAGCUCUCAUCGUCCUAGCUUCACUCUGCCUGCUAAACCAAACAGGCAAAAAAAACCUAACUCUUCAGCUAAUGCUAGACCUUAUGAUAAGCUUCCUCAGCAGCAUGCACCUAAUACAAGAGCUCCUGGUUACAAGGGGCCUAUUGUGAAGGCUAUCAAAAGACCUGGUAGGCCCGUCAGACCAUACAGGAGGGAGUCAACUGAUGAUGAAGCAGAUACGUCGUCAGCUGCCAUUCAUGAUGGAUUUGAUCAACAAAAUGACCAGGAAACUGACGCCUCGACAAGCCUCCACAACGGUGCUUUCGACGAUGAAUAUCAAGAGCCUAAUAGACGAGUGAAUUAUAACUACCAUCCUAUAAUCGAUUUCUUCAAACCAGAAGCCUCUAGGCUUCAAGCCCCAGAAGCCCUCUCCACCCAAAUAGCGACAGCUGAAUCAAAUACAAAUGGGAACUCAUGGAAACCCAUGAUCUCACCGUAAAUCCAAAUCGGUGUAAAUUCUAAUGUACCUGAAUAUUUUCACUUGUUAAUCAUAAAUAAUCAUUCGUCACCAGCGUUAAGUAAUGAAUAGCGUAAGACAAGGUAGUUGUAGAAUUAUUUAAUUUAUUCGACAAAGCAGAAAUGUAAAAAUUUGGUGAGACGCGAUAUUAUUUACUGGUGUUCCUGUAUUUUCUUUUCAACCAUAUGAGAACAAUUUUUUACCUCUUAAUAAAAAACAAUUCAAGAGAAAA